AUGUCCUUUGCUAGAAAGCCCUCUGCUGUUGGUAACGAGCGCCACCACCCUCAUACUCUCUCCACUCUUGAUUUCCAAGGUGCUAGCUCUGCUGCUGCUGCCAAGGCCAUGAAAUCUGAAUUGGCCAACUUGGCUUCUCAAAUCCAAAAUGAAGAAGAGCGCAAGUAUUUCACUCAAGAAAUGGACGGCUUCUACAUGCUCUUUACUCGUUAUUUGGACGAAAAGUCCAAGGGAAAGAAGUUGGAUUGGGAAAAGAUCCAGACUCCUUCUUCCGAGCAAAUUGUUCCUUACGCUAGUAUUCCCGAAGUAACUGAUACCGCUGAUCUCGAAAAGUUGGCUGUCCUCAAGCUGAACGGUGGGUUGGGUACAACCAUGGGUUGUGUUGGCCCCAAGUCUGCCAUUGAAGUACGCGACGGCAUGACCUUUUUGGACUUGAGUGUUCGUCAAAUCGAGUACUUGAACAAGAAGAACGAUGUCAGCGUCCCCUUCAUCCUCAUGAACUCGUUCAAUACCGAUGAUGAUACCAAGCGUAUUGUCCAAAAGUAUGCCACCCACAAUGUGGAUAUCAUUACUUUCAACCAAUCUCGCCAUCCUCGUAUCAAGAAGGAAUCCAUGCUGCCUGUUCCUCGUUCUCCCGCUUCCCCCAUUGAACAAUGGUAUCCUCCUGGUCACGGUGAUUUGUACGAGUCCAUCUACAACUCUGGUCUUUUGGAUCAAUUGAUUGCUCAAGGCAAAGAAUACCUCUUUGUCUCCAAUGUCGAUAACUUGGGUGCCACUGUUGAUCUCAACAUCCUCCACCACAUGGUCGACUCUGGCGCAGAGUUCAUUAUGGAAGUUACUGACAAGACCAAGGCUGAUAUCAAGGGUGGUACCCUCGUUGAUGAUGAUGGUCAUAUCCGUCUUUUGGAAAUUGCUCAAGUUCCCGAUGAACAUGUCGAGGAUUUCAAGUCUGUAAAGAAGUUCAAGAUCUUCAACACCAACAACUUGUGGGUUAACUUGAAGGCUAUCAAGCGUGUUAUGGACGAAGAGGCUAUGGACUUGGAAAUCAUUGUUAACAACAAGACUACGCCUCAAGGUGAGAAGGUCAUUCAACUCGAAACUGCUGUCGGUGCUGCCAUCAAGCAUUUCAAGAACGCUCAUGGUGUCAAUGUGCCCAGAACGCGUUUCUUGCCUGUCAAGUCUACUUCUGAUUUGUUCUUGGUUACCUCCAACUUGUACUCUCUUAUUCACGGCCGUCUUGUGGUCAACCCUGACCGUAUGUUCAGCAAUGUCCCUCUUGUCAAGUUGGGUGAUCACUUCAAGAAGGUCAAUGACUUUUUGACGCGUUUCAAGACCAUUCCUCAAAUCUUAGAGUUGGAUCACUUGACUGUCACUGGUGAUGUCUGCUUUGGCUCCAAGGUUGAGCUUCGUGGCACUGUCAUUAUCGUUGCCAACCACGGUGAACACAUUGAUAUUCCUUCUGGUACCAUCUUGGAGAACAAGGUUGUUACCGGUUGUUUGCGUAUUCUCGAUCAUUAA